UCGUCUGCUGAAUCAAAACAAUGGCCGACUGGCAAGCUAGCAUUUUACCUCUUGUGAUCUUUUUAAAUGUUUAACAGGCAACGUUCACUGUCUCUGUGUCAGAGAGUCCCGCGGGGAUGGAGAGAUGAUUUAAGGAGUGCGUUUUUGAAGGAAGAAGACAGCUGACAAGCCCGCUUUUCGCUGCCAAAAUGAGCGAUGUUGUGGAGAAGACCCUGACAGCUCUGCCUAGCCUCCUGUCUUUAGACUCUCAGCCUGGCUCUGCGAAACUGUCCUCCACCUCCAAACUAGGAAACCUCAUCAGAGGAAUCACUGAGCUAACGUCCAAACAUGAAGAAGAGAAACUUAUUCAGCGGGAACUAGCAUCCAUCAAAGAACAGGUGUCCUCCCCCAGCACCUCCAUGAGGCAGAUGAAGGAACUAAUGGUGAGAGCGAUCUACUGUGAAAGCCUGGGUUAUGAGGCGUCUUUCAGCUAUAUUCAUGCCAUUAAACUGGCUCAACAAGGCACAGUUCUGGAGAAAAGAGUUGGUUACCUUGCUGUGUCCUUGUUUCUGAACGAAAGUCAUGAGCUGCUGCUUCUUCUUGUGAACACUGUGUUAAAGGAUCUUCAGAGCACGAACCUUAUUGAAGUGUGCAUGGCUCUAACUGUUGUCAGCCAGAUGUUCCCCAAAGAUAUGAUACCUGCAAUCCUUCCUCUGGUGGAGGAGAAACUUAAUCACCCAAAAGAAAUCAUUCGACGAAAAGCAGUCCUGGCACUUUACAAAUUCUACCUAAUAGCACCGAAUCAAGUUCAACACAUCCACAACAAGUUUCGCAAAGCGCUUUGUGACAAGGAUCCCGGUGUGAUGACAGCUUCACUACACAUCUACUUACAGAUGAUCCAGGAGAAUCCAGAGGGAUAUAAAGACCUAACAGCAAGUUUUGUCACCAUACUGAGGCAGGUGGUGGGAGGAAAGCUGCCCAUGGAUUUUAACUAUCACAGUGUUCCUGCUCCUUGGCUUCAAAUCCAGCUUCUCAGAAUACUGUCCUUACUUGGAAAAAAUGACCAGAGUGCAAGUGAGAUCAUGUAUGAAGUCCUCGACGAGUCUUUACGAAGAGCAGAGAUGAAUCAUAACAUUACCUAUGCAAUAUUAUAUGAGUGCGUAAAAUGUAUUUACACAAUUCAUCCCAAAUCUGAACUUCUGGAAAAAGCUGCAAAGUGCAUUGGCAACUUUGUUCUGUCACCGAAGAUUAAUCUCAAAUAUCUAGGUUUGAAGGCCCUAACCUACGUGGUCCAGCAGGAUCCUAAACUGGCCCUGCAGCAUCAGAUGACCAUCAUAGAGUGUCUCGAUCACCCUGACCUCAUCAUAAAGCGUGAGACACUGGAGUUGCUCUUUCGGAUCACUAACGCCCAGAAUGUCGUGGUCAUUGUCGAGAAGAUGCUGGAGUUUCUGCACAACAGUACAGAUGACUACAGUACUAUUGACCUAGUGGGGAAGGUGGCAGAACUGGCAGAAAAAUAUGCACCAGACAACGAAUGGUUCAUUGAGACCAUGAACACAGUGUUUUCAGUGGGUGGAGACAUGAUGCAGCCUGACAUCCCAAACAGUUUCCUUAAACUGCUGUCUGAGGGGUUUGACAGUGUGGAGGAGGACAGGAAGUUGAGGUUGUUUGCUGUGGAUUCAUAUGUUUCUCUGCUGCAAGGAGAGCCUGGCAAGCUGCCACAGCGCUUCCUCCAAGUCAUCAGCUGGGUCCUCGGUGAUUACUCUCAUUUGAGGGAGGAACUUGAACCAACCACAGUCCUGAGGCUGCUCGCAAAGCUGUUGGACAUGAAGCAAACCAGCAGUGAAACCAAGAGCUGGGUCCUCAUGGCAAUGACCAAGCUCUGUGAGGGCGGGGCAGGUGUUUGUGUUGCUCAGGAAGUUUCUGAAACAUACAGCAGCUCAAUGGACACAGUGCUGAGACAGAGGGCUCAGGAGCUGCAGCACCUCAGCCAAGACUCUGGACUACGAGCCAGGGUGCUACCUCGAGAACCCGGCCCGGAGCCCCUGGAGGUGGAUUCCUCUCUGUCAUUUCUUGAUGGAUUUGUGUCGGAGGCAUUGGCUGCUGGCGCUGCUCCAUACAAACCUCCCCAUCAACGGCAGGAGGAACUAGCUCAGGCAAAAGCGUUGACCCUGGAGCCAUACGGCUUGUCCCUGCCCAUCAGCAUGUCCUCCUGCAGCAUCGCAGACAGACAGUCUCCUACGCUGUUGUCCAUGAGCUCUGGUCUGUCGGGCGACAGUACCGACCUCUCACACAAAGGAGGCUCUACAACUCUCAAGCUGGACGGAGUUAAGAGAGUUUGGGGGAGGGAGGGGUACCUGGCGCGGAGGGAAGCCGUGGAGGAAGCUGCCCAGGUGGAGGAACCCAGUCCCCUCCGGUCACCCAGCCAGCAGGCGGAGGCUGACAGCUCACACACCCAGAUGCUAACUCCGACACUGACCCCUGAGCCUGGACAAGAAAAACAGCUGCUGGCAUCUUCUCUGUUUUUCGGCCUCAGCUCCCAAAGCUCUGUCUGUCUGAUGGGAAAAUCUGAGCCGAUGCUCCAGCGAUUCAAAAGAAAAGCCAAAGGUCAGGGCUCUUCCUCGGGGGCCACUGAGCAAAUAUCCAACUCCCUCGUCUCUACUCCCAGCACUGUGGAUAACUUGCUGUGUAACAACCUACUGGACUCCAAUCUCACAUCAGAACUGGCCGUUUCCUCAUCCAAACAGACAUCUGAACCUUCUCAAGGCCUUAAUACUGCUAAUGGAGCCUGUGAUGUAGAAGCUGAUUUAACUGACAGUGACCUAAAGGGAAGUAACCUCUCUCUCAUCGGGGAUAACGGUGUGGUAGCUGCUGAUCCUGCCCCACGUGAAGACCCUGACAGACCUAAAGACUUGUGUCUCAGCUCUCAUCUGCCUGCAGAGCUCUCUGAACUCUGCCACUCAGAAAUCACUCCUCUGUGCACCCUCCAAAGCCUGGAUCUCUCAGCCUGUCAUGUGCAGAAAGAGGAUUCCUUAGUUCUAGUCAUUUUCAUUACCAACUCCUCUGACUCUGCCAUUCAACAGAUACAACUAGGUCUUGACUCAGAGCAACUAGAGGUAUCCUGUUUGUCUGACAGUCCAGUGGAGGAUGUAAGAAGUCACGGUGUUGCACUGUACCAGUAUGCCCUGAGUGUGAAGAGGCCUUCAGUUCACGUUGAAGUAGUCGGGAUGGUAUCUUACCAGUUGCCUAUUGAGACGCCUCAUGCAGUGCAGUUCUCAUACAAACUCCCUCUAACCAGCUUCAUCAGACCCUUGACGGUGUCCACAGAGGAGUACGGGACGAUGUGGCUGGCCUUCUCUCAUGACACAAAGCAGAAUCUGACACUGAUAAGUGAUGGCCAAGAACCUCUCACAGCCACUCUGAAUGUUCUGAAGAGGAAACUUCAGCUUCAUGUUGUGGAAAUCAUAGGGAUUGAAGGUAUUUUAGCUUGCCGGCUCCUCCAGGAUCAGCCAUGUCUGAUGCACUGCCGUGUGCAUGCAGGCACACUGGCUGUGUGGCUGCGCUCUCCAGUCCCCGACCUGCCCGACUGCCUGAUCUACCACUGUCAGAGAGCUUUACAGGAGCACUGAGCCCCGACUGCAAAACCUCCACUGACACCACUGAGCAGCCAGACCACCAGACCCACAACCACUGAAGAGGAAGGUACACAGAGAUGUAAUGGAGAACAGAAAGAGACAUCUGAUGUUGUACAUUCCCAUCUUUAUAUUACAGCAUUAACCAUUUGUUUAUCUCUCCCACUAUGGGUUACUUAGUAGGAUUUGGUUUUAAUUGUCCAUGGAUCAUUGAUUUUUAACAGUUAAAUUGGUAGAAUAUUUCAUAGGACCACAACUGUUUUAAAGUCAUGGAUGGUAAUAACCUCAGGGCCAAAAGACU